AAGCAAACUAAAGAGAGAGAGAAACAGAGUAUGCAGAACAGAACAGAACAGAACAGAACAGAGCAACAAACCCAACAAUGGCUAUAAUACACAUACGCAUGUCACCGUUCCCUUCAUCAACAAAAACCAUAUUUUUCAUCUCAACAAACAAAUCAAUCACCACCACCAACACCACCAUCAACAACAAAACCAAAUUAUUGCCAUUAUUAUGUUUAAGUUCAAGAAACGGAACAGAGUGUCCUGUUCCAUUAGAACAACAACCCAUAAAUGAGUAUCAAUCAUUGUCAACAUCGUUUCCAUUUUCAUGGGCAGCCGGCGAUGUGGUUGAAUUUGGCUCCCGUCUCUUUGUUGUGGGAUUUUCUUUUGCUCUGUUUGUUGGGUUACCUGUAGCUUGGUUUGGUGCUGUUGGAGCUCAAUCUGAACCUGCUAAGAAGAUUGUUGGUGCAGCUUCUAGUGGUGUUUUGGCGGUUACAUUUGCGGUUGUUAGGAUGUAUCUUGGUUGGGCUUAUGUCGGUAAUCGCUUACUCAGUGCCACUGUUGAAUAUGAGGAGACAGGGUGGUAUGAUGGUCAGAUAUGGGUGAAGACUCCUGAAGUAUUGGCGCGUGAUAGACUCUUGGGAUCAUUUUCUGUUAAGCCUGUACUCAAUAGAUUGAAAAUCACUCUAAUCGGUCUGGCGGCGUGCUUGGGGGCAUGUGCUCUAACCUUCAGUAACAUUGAUGAAAGCUAUCUAACAUCGAGAGAAACAGGAGUUCGAGCAAUACCUGGAGCUUACAAUGAUGAAUCUGCAAGAUCAUUUGAACCAGAUGCAUUUUGUGGUGAGCCUGAUCUUCAAGAGUAGUAGUACAUAACUUGUACUGUAAAAUUAAUUUGGAGAGAAGGGGUUCUCUAUAUAUCUAAUAUUAUAUUUCUAUACUUCCAUGUACAUAUUAUAUAUUGCAUUUUCUUACCAUA